GAGUGAUUUCGACUUUUAUUUUGAAAAUCCCACUCGUCAGCCAAUCAGCGUUAAGCCGGAAGUUAUGAAGUUAUGAAAACAAACGCGCUCCACACCCUGAAGAUACGGACCAGCACUUUCAGCACCUGUGGACCAAUCAUGUUGAAGGCCGUGGGACAAGCUUUAUUCUCAACUGGACUGCAGAAUCCCAAGUUUACAGCAGAGGAGAAGCAGGGACAAGACUAUGAGGUCCGUACAUACCACGCCACUAAAUGGGUGAGCACGUCUCUGAAAGGGAUGGACAUGGACCAGGCCAUGAAUACUGGCUUCCGCAGGCUUUUCAAGUACAUCAGUGGCACAAAUCAGAACAAUGUGAAAGUGGAGAUGACGGCCCCGGUGACAGGCUUCGUGGAACCUGGAGCUGGACCUGCAUGUGAAUCUCAGUUCACCGUGUCCUUCUACAUCCCAGAGGAGCAUCAGGAGAAUCCACCUCAGCCCAGCGACCCGGACGUCUUCAUAGAGCAGCGCAAAGAGUUCACGGCUUAUGUCAGGACCUAUGGAGGUUUUUCCAAUGAGCAGUUGAAGCGCGACGAGCUUCAGAAGCUCCUGGAGAGUCUGAAGCGCGAUGGAGUGGAAUACGUGGACCAGCCGUACUACGUGGCAGGUUACGACAGCCCCUUCAAACUGAUGAACCGCCGCAACGAGGUCUGGAUCCUCAAGAAGCAGCCGGAGUAGACGGGUCAAAGGUCGCACACAGAAUGACACAGUAACACAAAGGGAUUUUUACUCGAUUAACGGAGAUUCACACAGAUUAGCAGCCUUUAUGAGUGUGUAAUGGCAGAAACACUAACAGGAUCAUAUGAAUGAAGCUUCAAGUCACAAUAACUAGUCAUAUUUACUGUUAAUAAGACGUUACUGAAUGAUAGGCUCAUUGAAAAACUGAGAACAGGAUGGACUCGAAAGCUCUAUUUACACAAGACUAGUUUUACCCUGUGGACCUCUGGUGGUUUGGAAAUGAACCCCCCAUGUUUGUGUUCAGAUAAGAUGAGCAAAGUCUGUUUUUUAUUAGAAUUUACUGACAUUAUUCCACAUUUAUGAUGUCAAAGGUAGAUUUUCCUCUUACAGAGAACUGGCGAAAGACAGAAAAAUAUUCCCACUGUAGCUGUCAUCGUGUCAUCCCUCCGUCUUUUCAGAUGUCGCUGUUUGUUUACUCUUUCAGUGCGUAUUUAUGUAAUACCAGAACAUGAGCCUCUUGGAUUUCCUUUUGUCAUCAUCAGUGCAGCAUUCAUCAUCUUUGACCUAGAAAUGGGCUGAAUAAAUACACAUAGGAAACAAAAAAACAUCCCAAAUCCCACCAAAUUAAAAAAGAAGUGGAUUUGCAAAGGACUAAUAAUAUUACCGAAUGUCUGUGUUUGGGGAAAUAUCCUAAUUUAUAAUGGGAUUUUUACUUGAUAAAUUACAGACCAGGCUGAUUUAUAUUGGAUUAAAAUCAUAGUCAUGGAAAAAUUUUUUUAGACCACCCCUUGUUUUCUUCAAUUUCUUGUUCAUUUCAAUGCGUGCUACAACUAUAGAUACAUUUGUUUGGACAAA